UUGACGCCAAACAGGAGGCCGUUAUGGCUCUUAAGCCACGAAAGACCACAAAACCCACGCAGUGGAUAUCUUUCCAGGGUCAGGAUCAAGCCUUGUUCCCAAGAAGAAGCCAAGGCGUUCUCUCCCUAGGAUGGCACGAGGACAGAAGGCCACAGAGUGACCAUUUCUUCACGUCUUCGAGCAUCAUCUUCCAACCAGAAAGAGAGACUUGGUCUAUUUCGAGUAUGGAAGCCUCGAGGAUCCGGGAUGUCUCCGGGAAGAGUUUUUUUCUAGCAGCCUGCCUUUUGAGUUCGUGGGCGGCCCCGAUCCUGGCCACCGCUGCCCUGGUCCCCGUGGUCUCCAUCCCAGAGGAACCCUCCGAGGGCCAGAACGUCACCCUCUCGGUGCAGAACGUGACCGGCGUCCUGCGGGAGGUCAACUGGUACCGGGGCCAGGCCACCGACGGCUCCACCAGGAUCUUCAGCUACUUCCCUGGGAACCCGGUCCGUCCGCAGCGAGACGGGGUCCAAAGCACCCAGCGGGAGUUCGGCUUCCCCAACGGGUCCCUGCUCAUCGCUCAUCUCCGGCCCAGCGACGCCAAGACCUACACCGUCCUGCUCCUGCUCCGGCCCAGAGUCACCCUCAGAGGCACCUUCGAGCUGCGCUUGGCCAGUCCGACCACCAGUCUGCCUUCUCCGCCAACCACGUCCACCUCGCAGACGCCCUCCGUCAAGGAGCCCACCAAGCCCCCGUUGAUGCUGGGCUGGAUCGUGGCCGGCGUGGUGGUGGCCAUCCUGCUGGCGGGGGCCGUGGGAGCCACACUGGUCUACCGCUUCGUCCUGUACAAGAACGAGCCCAGCACCGGCGGGUUGGAUCCGAGAGGGAGGAAAUCGCUGGCUCCGAAACAUGAUGACAAGGAGCCCAUUUACGAAGUGAUGGAUUCCCCGGUGAAGUCGCCCAAGACGGAGGGCAAGGAGCCGCCCCCGAUGCCAGGACCGCUCCCUCCUUUGCCAGAAUCCUGCCCCAAUCUCGAGUCAAACUAUAUGGAGUUGCUGCGCAGAUCAGAAUCCAUUUAUUCGGAGAUCCGGAGGUGACGUGGGCCAUGCUUCCAGAACCCCAAACUCCUGGCACAUCCAUCCAAAAGGACUUUGGGGGACGGAGGGGUCUGCUCCCCUUUUCUUUCCUUGCCAAUGGGAUCCAGGACUGAACUUCUUCGUGAUCAUGAACAUGGUCAACUUAUUGCAAUGCGUGAUCCAUUGCUCGGCUUCAUUUGGGACUCGAACCAGAAGGAAACAACAUGCAAAACUGGAUCCCAACAGAGCGUCAAACCAAGUUGGAGCCGUCUCCAAGAAGGCCGAUUUUGCUUCACAUUUUUGGGACCUAAGGAACGCAGGCCAUACUUUCCCUGCUUCUGACCCACAGAGGCUUUGUUGGGGAUGAUGGAAGUUGUGGUGCAAAUUGAGGAGGUCCAUUUGGGAGACCAUUAAAACUCAUUGCGUCUUGGACGAGCGAA